AUGGCAGCAUCUCCAGUCUGCGGCCUUUUGGACACGCCUGAGCCGGAUAUGUGGCUAUCGCAAGCUCUUCUUGAUCUGCACCCUCUUCCCGUAGCUUCGGCACCGGACGCGCGCCGGCCCAGCUUCACCUCGCACCAAGGAUCCAACGGUUCUCCGACCCCGCCAUCCGCCCCUGUGCCGGCCAUGGACGCGACCACAUCCCUCCCCGGGGUCGCUCCCGGGGCCCGCCCGUCGCGGCUCGACAGGCUGGCCCGCACGCGGCUCUUGGGGCGGUACAUGCCGGCGCGGCGGCACCGCGGCGGCAUCGCGGGCGUGUUGGCCCUGGCGGCCGAGACGCUGCCGGGCGACGACCACCUGCCCGAGUCGGCCGACUUCCGCGCCAUGCUCCAGUCGUACCUCUCGAGCGGCCGGCCCAGCGUGCGCUGGGGCAACGCCAUCCUCGACAUCGUCUCGGCCCGCCUGGCCGCGCUCGACCGCGUCGACGACGCCCUCGCGGCCCUGCGCCUCCCCCUCCCCGGCGGCGCCUACUGCGAGGAGUGGGACGAGGCCGCCUGGCUCCGCGCCGCGCGCGGCCCGCCGGCGGGCCCCGCCGGCGCCGGCGUGCCCGAGCUCUACCGCGACUGGCAGGCCGUGCUGGCCACGGCGGGGGUGGCGUUUCACACGCGCCCUGCGCAGGGCGACGUGCUGCCCAUCUCGUCGGGAUCCACUCGUGGUGGCCGUGGUGGUGGCGACAGCGGCGGUGGCGUCGUGCUCGUUGGGGCCGGGGCGGUCGAGUUCACGCGCCCGCUGCGGUUCGUGGCAGCCUCGCUGGCCGAGUGCGGCGCGCCGGCGUCGGGCCCCGAGGCCCGCGCAGUGGUCAGGGAGCUGCGGCGGGCAGCGGUCGCGUAUGGGCGGCGGCGCGGGAGGGCUCGCUGCUGGUCGCUCCGCUACCUGCACCGCGAGCUGCCGCCGCACGAGGCCGAUGGUUACAGCCCGUGGUGGAAGCGGUGGGCGCGCGCGGUUGGCUGCGGGUUCAGGCGGUCGGUGGUAUCGGCGAGUUUGGAUUGGGCGGCGCCCUAG